AUGGCAAGCUUCCUAACCAAGUGGAAGUCCGGUUCGGCUUCGUUGGGCUCUUCCGCGAAAGAUGGCCUCAAAAAGAAGGAGGAACCGCCGCCCGAAUUGACCCCUUUAGAGAAGAUGCUCCAGAACGCCGGCGCAAUUCGGCCAGAUGGAAGCGACAAGUUCUUUGGCAUGGAAAAUUUUGGCAACACAUGUUAUUGCAACUCAAUUGUCCAAGCUCUUUUCUACACGACCGCUUUUCGAGAACAAGUAUUAAAUUUCCCGCCGCUGUCGCCUUUAGAUACACCGAAUGGUACUCGGCCUAGGGUCAAUGUGCAGAUAAGAGCACCAAACACGAAUAACAACACACAAACAGAUGCAAAUGGUAAAAAGAACCCGAACGGACGGCCGCAAACUUCCAACGCUCCUCAGCCAGGGCAACCGGUGAGGCCGGAAGAUAAACCAGACACUCCUGAAUACAAAAAGAAACAAGCUAUGUUGAAGGGACCUAUCAUGGAAUUAGCACGCGAGAGUGGCAACCCCUACGGUAUGGAGGAAUGCACAUUUACGGGUUUAAGAGAUAUCUUUAUGGCCUUGGUGGAAAGUGAGACUCGCACAGGAGUGCUCAGCCCGCAACGAUUCCUCGAGAUCUUCAAGCGCGACAAUGAGAUGUUCCGAAAUUCCAUGCACCAGGACGCCCAUGAGUUCUAUGGUCUGGUUCUUAACGAUGUCAUCACCAAUGUUGAGAGCACCGCGCAGCGCUUGCUGAAUUACGAAGCAGAACACACCGCAGAUGGGAUGACGAAUGCUCUCAAAGCAGCGUUAAGUACGGUGACGAGGACAGUAACCAAUGGAACAAAUUCGCCCGGCACAGGAUGGGUACAUGACAUCUUCGAGGGACUACUAACAUCUGAGACAAGAUGCCUCACGUGCGAGACAGCUUCUCAGAGGGACGAAACGUUCCUUGACUUGUCGAUCGAUUUAGAGGAACAUACAUCAGUGACAUCUUGUUUACAAAAGUUCUCGGCUGAAGAGAUGCUUUGCGAGAGAAACAAGUUUCAUUGUGAUCACUGUGGGGGCCUCCAAGAGGCUGAAAAGCGCAUGAAGAUCAAGCGACUCCCCAAGGUCCUCGCCUUACACCUCAAGCGCUUCAAGUACACAGAAGAUUAUAGUCGGCUACAAAAAUUGUUCCACCGUGUAGUAUAUCCCUAUCAACUGCGCAUGUUUAACACGACAGACGACACCGAGGACCCUGAUCGGUUAUACGAGCUGUAUGCUGUUGUAAUUCACAUUGGUGGUAACGCUUACCAUGGACAUUAUGUAUCCGUCAUCAAAACCGAAGAUCGAGGAUGGCUCCUUUUCGAUGACGAAAUGGUAGAACCGGUCGAUAAACAUUAUGUCCGCAACUUUUUCGGAGAUAAGCCAGGCCAGGCCUGUGCUUACGUUCUGUUCUACCAAGAAACCACCUUUGAGAAAGUACGGGCAGAACAAGAGGCGGAGGGCCUAGAAGAAGUAAGGAUAGUUAGCGAAAAGGCAGGUGUCGCCCAAGAGAACGAACAAGUAAACGGGACCUCCGACGGACUUCCAAAACAGGCUACCCUCCCUCCUCAGCCUAUAGAUGACCAAGAUGGGCCCGAACCUGCUGCCGAAACAGCAGAUCUGACCCGAACCCCAUCGGUUAAGGUUCCCAUACCGCCAUCGAGUACUGAUAUACCACCAGUCCCUUCAAUACCUAGGUCAAAUACGGUCAAGUCAACGAAGGAAAGUAAAAAGGAAGCUAAGGCUCAAGAGAAGGCGCGAAAGCAGGCUGAAAAGGACGAAUGGAAAACCAAACGGAAACAGCGAGAGGAAUCAUACUCCCGACUGCGCGAAGCGCGCAAAACAGAAGAAGAGAACCUCAAGAAAGCCUUGGAAGAAAGCAGAAAGUCGGCUGCCGAGGAGCGGGAGAGACACAACGAGGAACAUGACAGUGUCCCGGCAUUGAACAACGCGGACAGGACCAGCAAGUCGAUGGCAAGGAAGAGUUUUGCCUUCUUGAGGCCGAAGAGGGACAGCAUGGAGACUUCAGACAGCAGCCAGAACGGCGAGAGCGCGACAGCACAACAUGCUGCUGCUCCUGAGAAGCACGACACUUUCAAGCUCCGGAAGAGCUUUUCAUUUGGAAUCGGACGCAAGAAAAGCAUGAAAUUCCCCUAGCAUACCUAGCUCGACUAAUUGAAAUUAGCGAGAUGCUAUUGUUGCGAGACACAAGCAUUUUACCAGCUACAAUUUUGUUAAUCAUUGAGCAUUUUCGGGAGUUAUCGGGGAUAUUCAUCUACCUAUCUACCUAGAAGACAAGAGACGAUGUGUGUAUGUGUGUGAAAGAGACCAGCAGAGUCCUUGGUGCGAUUGAAUCAUAGAGAAGCAUUCUGCAAGGAGUUACAACGGCAUCGAAGCCGACUUGUACUUAUCCAAGACAAAUAGUGUUUCUGGAUAAUGAAUGGGCGUGAUGAUGAUUGAAAUAUUUACCAGUGCCUAGCUCGCUAGCUACCCAGUCAUGCAUAACGAUUGUUUAGAAAGCCUGGAUAAUGUAUAGCUUCGUCUGAUCUGAUCUGCACUAGUCUGGUCUAUUGUAGGAUGACCAUUACCAUGCACUAAGCUAAGCUAAGCUUUCAUUGGGACGGUCGGAUGUAUACUAUUAAGAAGGUGGGUGAGUGAAUGAAUACCUAGAAUCGUGCCCAAAUACCCCUGAUUCAAGUGAAAAGAAGA